CUCCGGAACACCACACCACACUACAGCCCAGCCUCCACUCCACGCCUCACCUCGCUCCCUCGCCACGACUAUCUGCCAGCCAAUGUCGGCUCCCGCCCACGCGAUACGCCGCACAGCCCGCCCCCUCUCCUCGUGAGAUCGCCGCGCCGCUCCCCGCUCCCGCCGCCACGCGCCGCCCGCCCACCCCCUCCAAUCGCGAGCCCUCCCGCCCGCAUCUCGUGCCUCCGACGUUCCCGGCCGACGAGCGGCGCUCUUUUCCGCGCGGAAUCCGAGCGCCCCGUGCGCCCUUCGCCGCCCGCGGGAUCCGCAAGGCCGUGGGAGCGGAGCGGGCAUCGCCGGGGGAGAGGGACAAUGGCGGCAGCCGCGCCACCGCUCUGCGCGUGGCUCGUCGCCGCGGGCGCGCACGCGGACUGCGGGGCGGACGAGCACCACCGCCAGCAGCACCGCCAGACGCAGUGCCUCGACGCCGGCUCCGGCGCGAUGUUCGGCCUCGACCGCCGCCCCCUCGGGGCGCGGCGCCGUGGGUCCGCGCGCUCUGGAAUGGCCAUGUCUGUUGCCUUGCAGCCUGAAAGGGUAAUUGUCGAGAAGAAGAGACCUGAUGUUAAACAAAGGAGAGUGGUCGUCACUGGCAUGGGUGUAGUGACGCCACUGGGUCAUGAUCCUGAUGUGUUUUACAACAACCUUCUUGACGGUCAUAGUGGAAUAAGCGAGAUUGAGACGUUUGACUGCUCCAAGUUCCCCACGAGAAUUGCAGGAGAGAUCAAAUCCUUCUCUACCGAAGGUUGGGUUGUACCCAAGCUAUCUAAGCGAAUGGACAAGUUCAUGCUGUAUUUGAUAACUGCUGGUAAGAAAGCAUUGGAAAAUGGUGGGCUCACUGAAGAAGUCAGGAAUGACUUGGAUAAAACCAGAUGUGGGGUUCUCAUUGGAUCUGCGAUGGGCGGCAUGAAGGUAUUUAAUGACGCGAUUGAAGCGUUAAGGGUUUCUUACAGGAAAAUGAACCCGUUUUGUGUUCCCUUUGCUACUACUAAUAUGGGUUCUGCAAUACUUGCAAUGGAUCUGGGCUGGAUGGGGCCAAAUUACUCUAUUUCCACUGCAUGUGCCACCAGUAACUUUUGUAUCCUCAACGCAGCAAACCAUAUCAGAAGAGGGGAGGCUGAUGUCAUGCUUUGUGGUGGUUCUGAUGCGCCACUCAUCCCAAUUGGAUUGGGAGGUUUUGUUGCCUGCAGAGCUCUUUCACAGAGGAACAGUGACCCAACAAAAGCUUCCCGGCCCUGGGAUAUGGACCGUGAUGGUUUUGUUAUGGGAGAAGGGGCAGGCGUGCUAGUAUUGGAAGAACUUGAGCAUGCUAAGCAAAGAGGUGCAACAAUAUAUGCUGAAUUUCUUGGUGGAAGCUUCACAUGCGAUGCUUACCAUAUGACUGAGCCGCAUCCUGAAGGAACGGGGAUCACUCUCUGCAUUGAGAAGGCACUGGCUGAUUCAGGGGUAACAAGGGAAGAAAUUAACUAUGUGAAUGCGCAUGCAACAUCUACACAAUCAGGCGAUUUGAAGGAGUAUGAAGCGAUAGUUCGUUGCUUCGGCCAGAACCCUCAGCUAAGGGUGAACUCAACAAAAUCAAUGACUGGGCAUCUUAUAGGAGCAGCUGGCGGAAUAGAAGCUGUUGCUUGUAUACAAGCUAUAAGAACUGGUUGGGUCCAUCCAAAUCUGAAUUUGGAGAACCCAGAAAAAGUAGUGGAUGUGGGCGUUUUAGUUGGAGCAGAGAAGGAGAGGUGCGAAGUAAAGGUGGCGCUGUCAAACUCAUUCGGAUUCGGUGGGCAUAACUCAUCAAUUCUGUUUGCCCCCUUCAAGUAAACUCGGGAUGGUGAUCUGCUUGUUGUCCGAUUAUGGAAUGGAACUGGAACUGGAACUGCAUAUACAAGACUAGUGGAGUAGCUAGGCGGCUUCUUUGAAUAUUACAUGGAGGUCUGAGCUGAGAAGAUCAUCGUAUUACUUACAGUUGAGCUAAGAAAGCGUCGAGGCCUCCGAGCCCCCAGCCAUGUUCAUAUUUGUCGACAUCGCAUCACAGGCACAUCCCCUGUCAAAGGGUCCAGUCUUCCUUUCGCAAGCGAAGAAUCAUGUGGUGUAGCCUAUGGCCUAUGUUUAUUGUUAUUCAAGUACAGUAUUGUCGGAUAAUCCACCUUCCCAUAACUUGCCCUUCCUGUGCCCGUAAGUUUUCGCCUUGGCCGUCUGCCCCUCAUGGGUGCUCGUUCCUAGAUUUGGUGAUGAGAGACCCUUGCAGAGGUGCUGCUGCUGGGAUUUGCUGUUGUAUUGAUGUUCUAGUAACCGUGGUUCGUGUAAGCAUGUCUGAACUUGGCAGCACUGCUCCCCCCAUUCGUUGAUUUUCCAUGUGGGAUUUCCUGUUAA